GCAAUGGCGACCAUAAGUGAUAUUCAGAUCAAGAUACAAAAGAAGUUUGACCAAUAUGCUGAUGCUUUUAAAGUAGGUGAUAUUAAAACCAUGAUGGACGUGUACACCCCUGAUGCUAUUCUUAUGCCACCUGGAAGUACAAUGGUGAAGGGAGCGCAAGCAAUUGAAAUUCACGAAAAAAGGAACCUAGCUAUUUUGAGAGAUAUGUCAGUCACUGUAAGUGAAGUCGGAGACGUUGGUGAUUGUAUUUACACAAUCAUAGCAAUUAAGGCGUUACGAGGAGACAAUUCUGAGCCAUUGAGUGUGAAAGAACUCAUCGUCUGGAAGAAAAUUGGUGAUGAGUAUUAUGCCCAUCGUGUCAUCUGGAAUGCUGAUUGUGAACAAACCAAUCCAUGGAGCAAUGUAGCAUGACAUCUUAUUUCAAUAUGUCACUUGCAUAUGUACAAUGUAGACUUCUUAUGAUAAUGAGAGUUACCAAUGUAAUGUGGUUACAAUUGCUGUAAUAAAAUACUUGUGGUUAAAUCUAACCAA